CCACAAAGCGUGUGUUGUGAUGUAAAACCAUUUUUGCUCCCUCAUUGGCGGACUCGGAAAAAAAAAGAGAAAAGAAACCCUUCAGGUAUAAUAAUCGAGAAGCAGAGGAGCGUCCUCCUGUCUCCAUAGAGCCGCACGAGGACACGACACCCCGAAGAGACUUUACGCCUGGUCCACGAAGCGGAGGGACAGAGACGGAGAGACACAGAGGGGGAGAGAACAAAAAAACACAACCCCGCAGAAAAAACCCAGCACUCGACUAAAGUUUGAAGCCACUUUAAACGGAGCAAGAAACCCCGUCGGAGAUGAAGUUGUGAGUGGAACCCCCCCCCCCCCCCCGGGAGACGCCAUCUCUCCGUCCCUGCGUCCAACAGGAAGACAAAGACGCCGAAGCUUCAGCCAUGGACUCGGGGAAGAAAGUGACGUUCACGCUGAUGCUGAGCGUGGGAGCCGCUGUGAUUGGCUCCCUGCAGUUCGGCUACAACACCGGAGUCAUUAAUGCCCCUCAAAAGGUCAUUGAGAAGUACAUCAAUGAGACGUGGUUCCAACGCUACCAGGAGCCCAUCAGCAAGGAAUCCCUCACGGGCAUCUGGUCCACCUCCGUCUCCAUCUUUUCUGUGGGAGGCAUGUUGGGGUCCUUCUCCGUCGGACUCUUCGUCAACCGCUUCGGAAGGAGGAACUCAAUGCUCAUGGCCAACGUCCUGGCCUUCAUCGCCGCCACUCUGAUGGGCUUCUCCAAGAUGGCGAGCUCGUGGGAGAUGCUGAUCGCCGGGCGCUUCGUGGUGGGCCUCUACUCGGGCCUCUCCACGGGCUUCGUGCCCAUGUACGUGGGCGAGGUCUCCCCGACGGCCCUGCGCGGCGCCCUGGGCACCUUCCACCAGCUGGGCAUCGUCGUCGGCAUCCUGGUCGCGCAGGUCUUCGGCAUGGAGGCCAUCAUGGGCAACGACGACCUGUGGCCGCUCCUCUUGGGCUUCACCGUCGUGCCGGCGGUGGCGCAGUGCAUCCUGCUGCCCUUCUGCCCCAAGAGCCCCCGCUUCCUGCUGAUCAACAAGAACGAGGAGAACAGGGCGAAGGCCGCGUUGAAGAAGCUCAGAGGCACCAGCGACGUGAGCGCCGACAUGCAGGAGAUGAAGGAGGAGAGCCGGCAGAUGAUGAGGGAGAAGAAGGUGACCAUCUUUGAGCUCUUCCGCUCGCCGCUCUACCGCCAGCCGCUGCUGAUCGCCGUGGUCCUGCAGCUCUCGCAGCAGCUGUCUGGCAUCAACGCCGUUUUCUACUACUCCACAAGUAUCUUUGAGAAAGCCGGAGUCCAGCAGCCCGUCUACGCCACCAUCGGCGCCGGUGUGGUCAACACGGCCUUCACCGUGGUGUCGCUCUUUGUCGUGGAGCGCGCAGGGCGCAGGUCUCUGCACAUGAUGGGGCUGCUGGGAAUGGCCGGCUCCGCCGUCUUAAUGACCAUCGCUGUGGUUCUGCAGGAGCAGGUGAAGUGGAUGUCGUACGUGAGCAUCGUGGCCAUCUUCGGCUUCGUGGCGUUCUUUGAGAUCGGGCCGGGUCCCAUCCCCUGGUUCAUCGUGGCAGAGCUCUUCUCGCAGGGCCCCAGGCCCGCCGCCUUCGCCGUGGCCGGCUUCUCCAACUGGACCGCCAACUUCAUCGUGGGAAUGGGCUUCCAGUAUGUGGUGGCUGUAUGUGAGGGCUACGUCUUCAUCAUCUUCGCCGUCCUGCUGCUGGGCUUCUUCGUCUUCACCUUCUUCAAAGUGCCGGAGACCAAGGGCCGGACGUUUGACGAGAUCGCCACCGCCUUCCGGCAGACGGGCGGCGGCGGCGCGGCGGCGAAGCACUCGCCGGAGGAGCUCAACAGCCUGGGAGCCGACUCUCAGCUCUGAGGGACUGAGGUCCCAACUUCUAACAGACUUCCCUUCUCGGGCCGAGGAGGUCCCCCCCCCCCCCCCCCCCCCACUCCCCCCCGAGAAGAAUCUACUAACUAGAAGUAGACGCACCCACUGGUAGAAUAACUUUCACGCUGUCACCACAUUUCGGGCAUUUUUUUUUUAUUUUAAUUUUUUUAGCAAAACUUGCAGCCUUGGUGAUUCUCCGCCCCCCCCCCCCCCUCCCCUAGAUGACGUCCCCACCUCGCGGCACACAGAAACAAUCUCUCAAUGGGCACCGUGUCGCCCCCGGUGUGGGGAGGGCCGCCGCAGAUAGACGGGGAAGAUUUUUAAGAUUUCAAAGUGAUUUUGAAGAAGGAAAAAAACAACCUUUUUUAAAAAUCUUUUUUUCCAUUUUCACUGAAUCUAUAUAUAUUUAUAUAUAUAUAUAAAUAUAACCAUAACGUUAGUUUGUUACUAUCUGGUUUAAGAGACCCGCUGCUGUAGAGGUGAGUUCACUGUGCUAAAUGCUAAAUGUUUUUUUCUCACUGUAAUGCUGCAUCACUGUAGUGGACUGUGGAUGCUGCACCGACGUCCCCCCCCCACCAGAUGGGGCCCUGCCCUUAAAAAAAGCUCCCGCUGCUCCAUGGAGCUGGGAGACCUUAUGUGGAGCGUGUUAAGUUACUGAGUGCACAAACUGUGAUAUCCUUGCCCCCGCUGGGGGGGUUUCUGCUUAACAAUUAGUACAACGGUGUUACUUCUGCUCUCGCUGGAUUUUACUCCUUUAAUCGUCAGAUUGAUUCCUGUGCACCACGAAAUUCAUCCACCAUCCAUGUAUUUUUACUCCCUCUUUAGCAGAACAGUUGAUGAAAUCGCUAAUAGAAUGAAUCCAUCGCUCCAGCAGCCGCUGAACCCAAAAAACAACAGAACCGGAACGUUCUGUGUGUUCAGGAGCCGGUGAGAAACACGCCGUCGAGCUUCACUGCUGCGUCACUUCACCGACCCGCGUUCUUCUUUUAAUGCGUUGUUUGAGGAAAGUUACCUUUUUUUUAAGCAGCACUUUAUUCUUUCUCUUUGUCAUUUCCUUUUUGUGCUCGCAGUGUGGAACCUUUGUUACUGACGAGAGUCUGACUGACUAAUGUUUUUAAUAUGGAAAUGUGUGACAUGGCGUCAUUUGUUCACAUCUGACACCACGUCAAUGGUCAAAUGAGGAUGUGCAUCCGAAUUCGUAAAUCUCCUUUCAUCAUUCCAUAAUUUUAAUUACUGUAUACAGAGCAUCCAUAUGUUGUCCUCUGAUGGAUCGCCUCCCCUCAAAGAGCCACUCUGUGCGUUUGUGUGGCUUUGUUCUAUCUUCUUUCACCUUCUUCACCAGCAAAUUGUAAAAAUGGCACCGAGCGAUGUCGUCCCAAAGCUCUUAUCCAGCCCGUGUUCUGUGUACGAUGCACUCGGGCGGUUGACCUUUAAACGGAGCCGCGAUGUAAAUAUCAAACACACUACACUCUCCGAGUUGAUCAAAUGUUGAACUUUUAAGUGACCUUUUUUUUUUCGGUAGAUAAAUGAAUUGGUUAGAACUGUACAUCUCUAUUCUUUUAGCUUCCAGACUUACUACUGUUCCCUUUUGAUUUUAUACCUCAAGAAACGUAUAAUUUAAUAUUUAGAUUUUAAAUUCUGUAUUUACAUGUUUUAGUGCACAGAGAAUAGUCUAAUGUUUGUAACAAUGACAUAUCUGCGUGUGUGGUUCUAUUGGAUAUUAGAGGUAUGAAUUAAGAUGGAUGAUGUUCUGAAUGCUUAAACCGCCCUUUGUAAGUGGUUCAAUACUGAAUAAAAGAAACAAUUCAUACAGA